CCAGGGCUUGAUGGUGAUCUAGUAGCUGCCGGUUUGUUGUUGUUGUUGUUGUUAAUACGCGAUGAUGUCCGGAUCCUCAGCCGAGGCUGUGGGCAGUUACCCAGGGGGUAAGACAGCAGAUAAGGAUGCGGGGCAGGAGACGGCGCUGGGCAGCGCUUAUUCCCCGGUGGACUACAUGAGCAUCACCAGCUUUCCCCGUUUACCCGAAGACGACGUGACGGCUGGAGAAAGCGGCCUGAAAUCACGCAGAGACGAGGACAAUAUCCUGGGGGAACAGGACACAGACCCGGACCUGUUCCUGAAGUCGGCGCGUCUGCAGCGUUUGGCCUCGUCUGCGUCAGACCUGGCCAGUCAUGACGCGUCCCCUCUGAGAGAGACGAGACACGACCCGCUGGCUCAGGACUGCGCUUGUACCCGUGACGGACUCACCGUCCUCAUCACUGCCUGCCUGACCUUCGCCACCGGGGUCACUAUCGCCCUCAUCAUCCAGAUCUAUUUUGGAGAACCACAGAUCUUUAAUCAGGGUGCGGUGGUGACGGAUGUGGCUCGCUGCACUUCUCUGGGCUUCGAUGUUCUCGGCCAGCAGGGUUCCAGUGUGGACGUUGCCAUCGCUGCCGCUCUCUGCCUGGGCAUCAUCCACCCUCACACCUCGGGCAUCGGCGGAGGAGGAGUAAUGCUGGUCCACGACAUUCGGAAAAACGAGAGCCGCAUCAUCGACUUCCGUGAAAUGGCGCCCUCUGGGUUACAAGAGGAGAUGCUGCAAGACCUACGGCAGAAGCCAGGUCUCAUGGUGGCGGUCCCAGGCAUGCUCAGUGGACUACAUCAAGCUCACCAGCUCUACGGGAAAAAGUCUUGGAAGGAGGUGAUCACGAUGGCCGCUGAUGUCGCCAGGAACGGCUUCAACGUGACCCAUGACCUGGCUGACGCUCUGUCCCAAAUAAAGCUAGAGAACGUCUCCGAGGCUUUCCGAGAGCUUUUCUUUCCAGACGGCCAUCCUCCUCUCUCUGGCCUGUUCAUGACACGGCAGGAUUUGGCGGCCAUUUUGGACAGAGUGGCGGCCAACGGGAUCUCGGAGUUCUACGACGGAAAUCUGACGCAGGAAAUGGCGUCUACGGUUCAGGCCAGUGGAGGCGUUCUGAUGGAGGUGGAUCUCAGUAAUUACACUACAGUCCUCCAGCAGCCCGUACUGAGCCAUUACCAAGGUUAUCAGAUAAUGGCUGCACCGCCUCCUCAUGCUGGAGCCGCCCUCCUUACUGCCCUCAACAUCUUGGAAGGUUAUAACAUCACCAGCCAGACUCAGAGAAGCAGCGCCCUCCACUGGAUCACUGAGACUCUGAAAAUCGCCUUGUCUCUGGCCAGCGCUCUGGGAGACCCUGCGUUCGAUGCGUCCGUCUCCGAAAGCGUAGCUCGAAUGUUAAGUAAAGGUCAAGCUGCUCAGUUCAGGCAGAUGAUCAACGACUCGUACUCCUCUCCUCCGGGCCACUACUUACCCAGUUACACUCUGGAGGAUGGCAGGGGGGUCAGUCAGGUCAUGGUCAUGGGGCCUGAUGACUUCAUUGUCUCAGUUAUGAGUUCAUUGAAUCAGCCUUUCGGCAGCCGCAUCGUGACGCCGUCUGGAAUCCUCCUGAACAGCCAGAUUCUGGACUUUUCCUGGCCCAACAAGAGCCAGAGCUCCAUCCCACCCAAUCCGCAUAACAGCGUUCAGCCUGGGAAGAGGCCGCUCUCGUUCCUCAUGCCCACCGUCGUCAGACCCUCGCUGGGUGUCUGUGGUACUUACGUGGCUCUCGGAUCCUCCAACGGUGACCGCGCUCUCAGCGGCAUCACGCAGGUUUUGAUGAACAUCUUGUCGCUGCAUAAGAAUCUGAGCGACAGUCUGACCGUCGGCAGGCUUCACCCUCAGCUUCAACUCGACACGCUCCUGGUGGAUGCGGAGUUUCAGAGCGCAGACGUGGAGACGCUGAAGCAGAAAGGCCACGUUGUUCAGAGGGUGGAGGUCAUAUCACUGGUGGAGGGAACCAGGAGAACCAAUGAUGUCAUCAUCGGAGUGAAGGACCCUCGCAGUGUCGACGCCUCCGCGCUCACCAUGUUCACGUCCAUGCCCUAAUACCCCAUGCCCCCCCCAAGCUGCUCUACUGUGUGUGCAAUAACACAAAUGGAGACUGAAUGUACAUUACUGACACUUGGAGAAAAUGCUGUAGUCAUUGUGAGGGUACUGAAUAAGAUACAUCUCUCUCACACACACACACACACACACACACACACACACACAGCAUGCUCAGACUUACAGGCCACUAAACUACACAUCACUCAGACUGCCUAAGCUUCAGUUCAGACCUGGUGUUAACUGUUGUUCCAUGUGUCUACUCCGAUCAAAGGCGUACAGGUCGUCAUGGAGAUUGAGAUGCGAUCGAAUAUCUUAAAUGUGCAAUAGCCAAUUUUUUUUAUUCAUAUCUUUUGCAAAGAACCUGGAAGGAAUGUAGAAGGUGAUUAAAAUAAUAACAGUGAAUUAAGGAGCGGCUUAUACUCUACAGGCCAUUGUAAUUCUGUGGGCGGAGCUUCGUGAACACAAGUGGGAUUCGUUCACGCCUUGAACCUAAGACUACUCUUGGGUACCGCACCUUUAAACCAUGUACCUUUUAACCAGAGGUCUUAAAUAUUUAAAAAAUAAUAAUAAUAAUAAUAAUAAUAAUAAUAAUAAUUUAUUAAUAAUGAUUACAAUAAUCAUGAUGGUCAAAUAAUGAAUAAUAUUAAAUUUACAAAUGGUUAAAAAUAACAAUUCAAGUAAUAAUGAUUUAGGAGUUUAUUUCCUCUUAUACCGCAGCGAUUUAUCAACAAUUACGUUAUUUAAUUUCUCAACCAAAAAAAAAUUACAUUUAUUGAUCUGGAAUGAGCCGUUGCUAUAGAAACGAUACUGUUACUUCUGCUGUUCUAUAAAAUUAAACAGCACCUUCUGACCGUUCAAACAUCUAAUACACUUUUAAUCAAUUCCGUUAAAUACGAGCUAAACGUUGAUACCGAAUCUGAACAGGUUCUAGGAGAACAUCCUUUUAACACUAGGUCUCUUUUUUUCCAUAAUAAGGAAACGAAGGCUUGUUAAGGGGGAGGGGCUUAAGUUCAAUACGAUCAGCCAAUCACUUUGUUCCCAUGUGACAUCGUUCUAACGUAUUUCUCUUCUGCAACACGAGCGAAACUAACGAUAUGACAAAAAUAAUCAGAAGACGGAAUAGUUUUUUUUAAUACUCGUAAUUAUUUUUAAUAAAAAUUCUAUUUGUUUUUAAUUACGCAAUAUUUUUUUCCUUCUAACAUAAGCUAGCUAAAUAAUGUUGGCUAGCUACAUUGUUAAUUAUGUUAUUUAGUUAUUGUAGUUAGCUACAUUGUUAAUAAUGUUAGUUAACACCGUUAGCUAGUUACAUUGUUAAUAAUGUUAGUUAACACCGUUAGCUACAGUAGUUACAUUGUUAAUAAUGUUGGCUAGCUUCAUUGUUAAUACCGUUAUUUAGUUACCGUAGUCAGCUACAUUGUUAAUAAUGUUAGUUAACACCGUUAGCUAGUUACAUUGUUAAUAACAUAACCAAGUUAAAUUGCUAUUAAUGUUAGCUAGCUAAAUUGUCUUUAUUAACGUUAGCUACCUACAUUUUAAUAGUGUUAGAUAGCUACAUAAUUUCAGCGUUGCUGGCUUUCACAAAUGUUGCUAAACUGUCAUUAUCAUUAAAACAAGUUUAUGUGAAACAAAGGUGAAGUAACUAUAGUGAGGUCACAUGAUCACAAGUGCAAGCCAAGAAGUAUUAACCUUACGCCCCGCCCCUUUUUUCUUGAGCCACCAAUCAGACGGUACAAAUGUGUUAAUAGUGUAUUAGUUUGUGCUUUUUUCUGUUUUCAUUUCUUCUGUGUAUCGUUUGAGGAUAAAUGAAACGCCUUAUGUUAUAACUUGAAUAAAGCCGAUCACGCGGAAGAUGUUUAAUAGAAAAGUGAAAGGUUAUUAUGUGUGAUUUUUAUUAAGAUUCUAAACGAGCUGGAUGUAAAUUUUGCUGAGAUUUCUAUGGAGGUUUAUGGAUGCAGUCUUUCUAAUCACUUUUGCUGAAUCUUAUUUAUUGACGGUUGUCAUUAUUGUUUGAUGGCGGUGUGUCACUUGACCGAAAGUGGAAUCUUCGUUGUUAAGACCAUUUUAAUUUAAAGUAACUCUAUUUAAAGAAGAAUCUGUUUCUCUCUUCAUUCUUUUGUUGAUUUUAGUGUUUUAUUUAUACAUUUCGUGUAACAUGAUGUAUUGUAUUGCACUAUUUCUUCAUUUUUUUUUUCUCUUCUCUAUAUAUUGGAAUAUCGUGUUGCUUUGAAAGACAGGUUAUAUUUCCAUCUGCUGAUUUUAGCUGGUUUUAGGACUAAAUGAAUGUUAAUGAGAGUGAAUUUAAUCACGAUGCCUUGAAUUCUUACUUAUGGCACAAAAUAGUUCUAGUUGUGUUAAAGUGUGUAGGAUACAAAUUUACUCGAAUUUAAUCACACCAACAUGAAGUUAGGCCAUUGUGGCAUCUAUACUCCAAGGAAUGAUGGUCAUCUGCUGUUCUAUUGUGUUUUAUUUAUUUAUUUUUAUUUUAUUUUACUUGUUAAAUGGCUGUGAAGUUCAAGCUCUUUUUUUAAAAAAGAUGCAAUGAAAUAAACUCCAACACUGCAGUAA